AUGGUUUCUUUCUCCAUCCUAACAGCCUUAUUUUCUCAUUCAGCUACCUACACCUCCUUCUUUCAGUGUUGUUCAUACAGGUGGUUUCAAUUUGAACAACAAGAAAGAAAGGGCAAAUGUAAAGGUAAGGGACUGUAUGCAUCUCUAUUUGGAGUUGGGGCUCCUGAGGCUCUGGUCAUCGGGGUGGUGGCUUUGUUAGUUUUCGGGCCAAAGGGUCUUGCUGAGGUUAGUUUCAAUUCUUCCAUUUUUGGGUUGGGGCAGGGGGAUGGUUUUAAUGUGCGAAGUUAUCUCUAUUGUGAGGAUGUUGCUGAGGCAUUCGAAUGUGUUCUUCACAAGGGAGAAGUUGGUCAUGUUUACAACAUUGGAACAACAAAGGAGAGAAGAGUGAUUGAUGUCGCCAAAGAUAUAUGCAAUUUAUUUAACAUGGAUCCAGACAAAAGCAUUCAGUUUGUGGAUAACAGGCCAUUCAACUAUCAGAGAUACUUCCUUGAUGAUCAGAAGCUGAAGAAUUUGGGUUGGAUUGAGAGGACUACAUGGAAUGAAGGAAAAUAUUCAUCCUACUUUUUAAGGGGAACACUGAAGAGUUUGGCAGACAUGCAGAAGUUGCCAGAUGAAGACUUUCCUUUCAGGAAACAGUUGCACGAGUGUGUGGGGGCUGCCCUUGGUGCUAUGGGACCUAAGACCUUUUUGAAUAUUCUACCACUUAAGUUGGAUGCUCAAGACCUAUCUGAGGCUAAUCUCUGGCUCUUUCCUAUUCUGAAGCAAUAUAUUGUUGGUGCCAAUCUAAGCUUCUUUACAAAAUCAAUUUUACCCAUGAUUGGUGUGAUGAAGCGGAAGUCUGCUAUUGUAUGA